UCAAGGUUGUCAGGCUGUUCCCCCCUCCCUCCCGCUGGGGUUAUAAGUAGCACCCACAGCCAGAGCAGAGGGCGGGAGAGCUGGGAGGAAGGAGGAGCAGAUCCCCAACCAUGAGUUCGAGCCAGCCGGGGACCUGCUCGUGUCGGGGUGCUGCAGGCCGCCCGGCCAUUCUGUAUGCACUUCUGAGCCCUAGCCUCAGGGCCAGGCCCUCUGUGCCCCCAGCCCGUAGUCAUUGCCUGUGCAGGCAGCACCGGCCUGUCCGGCUGUGUGCUCCCCAUCGCACCUGCCGGGAAGCCUUGGAUGUUCUGGCCAGAACAGUGGUCUUCCUCAGGAACCUGCCGUCCUUCUGCCAACUGCCCCCCCAGGAUCAGCAGCGGCUGCUGCGGGGCUGCUGGGGCCCCCUCUUCCUGCUGGGGUUGGCCCAAGACACUGUGACUUUCGAGGUGGCUGAGGCACCAGUUCCCAGCAUACUCAAGAAGAUCUUGCUGGAGGAGCCCAGCAGCAGCUCAGGCAGCGGCCGGCUGCCAGAUCGACCCCAGCCCUCGCUGGCUGCGGUGCAGUGGCUUCAGUGCUGCCUGGAGUCCUUCUGGAGCCUGCAGCUGGGCCCCAAGGAAUAUGCCUACCUGAAAGAGACCAUCCUCUUCAAUCCUGGUGUGCCGGGCCUCCACGCCUCCUCCCACGUUGGACACCUGCAGCAAAAGGCUCAUCAUGCUCUGUGCAAGGCCCUGGAGACCUGGUGCCCAGCAGGCCAGGGCCGCUUGGCCCGUGUCCUCCUCACAGCCUCCACCCUCAAGUCCAUUCCGCCCAGCCUGCUUGGGGACCUCUUCUUUCGCCCUAUUGUUGGAGACACUGACAUCGCUGGCCUCCUCGAGGACAUGCUUUUGCUGAGCCAACCUGUUCCAGCCCAGGCAGAGAUCAAGUGCUCCCUCUCACCUCAAUGAGCGUCAGAUCACAGCCAGUGAGGAAUAUGAAGCAGUCCAUUCCUAAACUAAAACAGACAAGGUCACUGGAAUUCCUGCAGUUUGGGGUCGCUCACUUCCACCACCCCUGCUGAUGACAGAAGAGGAUAGUCCACUGCUCUCCCAAUGGGAGGGGCAAGGGCAUCUAGGGUUGACCUGGUGCAGCUGCUUGGAGGCCAAGGCUGGCUGAGGAUUAGCUGCCACACCAGAUGUUCAAGUCUAAGACACUUCCAUGGCAGUUAGUUCACAGAUACUGCCCUGAGCUCCCCCCUACCCCCGAGUUCCCUUCCGUGGCCCCCCUGUCCCAGCCCUUCUCCUGGAAUCCAUUCUCAUUGGCCACAACUAGAGGGGCAAUGCUUGGCAUAGCCAUGGCCUUCAGGACCGCUCCAUUCAGUG